GCUGCUCCGCUGCCUCUCUGACUCGAUCUGACACGAAAAGCUUGAAGAGAGCCCAUUGUGAGUGUCUGCUCUGAGGGAUGAAGUAGAGAAAAAGGACCCAAGGCGGAGUUGUACCACAUCCAUCACAUCGGGGCACCGUCGUCGGUAACAGCAGCAGCAGCAGCAGCAGCAGCAGCAUCAUCAUCAUCAGCAUCAACAUCAGCAUCAGCAUCAGCAUCAGGGAGAGGAGAUGCGUCGCGGGAUCUAACAAACGUGCUCUACCUCUCUGCAACCCGCCCGACCACAUCCUUCCUCUCAGCAUCCGGUCCUCGGCGGUGAGAAGGGCACUCCGGAGCAUCGCUAGGUCAUCACCUGCGAUAUCCACCACCACGUAAAGACCCGGCCGGCAUCUCUGACUGAAGCCCUUGAAAGAUCUCGGACUGACGCGAAGGCACCAGGAUGCUGUGUGCUCCGAACCCCAUCGUCCGCUCGCAGGUGUCCCGCGUCCUGCUCCUCCUCCUCCUACUUUGGAUAACACUCGGAACAGGAGUGCUGCACGUAGUCGGGUCCCAGCAAGGCAUCCCCCUGUCUGUUGUGAAGUUGUGGGCCUCUGCAUUCGGCGGUGAAAUUAAAUCCAUUUCGGCCAAGUACUCAGGUUCACAGCUGCUGCAGAAGAAGUAUAAAGAAUUUGAAAAAUCUGUCAGAGUUGAAGAAAUCGAUGGCUUGAAGCUUGUGAAGAAGUUGGCUGAAAACAUGGAGGAGAUGUUCCACAAGAAAGCUGAGGCCAUGAGGCGCCUUGUGGAAGCAGCAGAGGAAGCCCACCUGCAACACGAAGAAGACCCCAACCUACAGUAUGAGUACUUCAAUGCCGUGUUAAUAAACGAAGUAGACGAAGAGGGCAACAACGUGGAGCUCGGAAAGGAGUUCAUUUUGGAGCCGAAUGACCAUUUUAAUAAUUUGUCGGUGAACCUUAGCCUCAGUGUCGUUCAAGUUCCUACCAACAUGUACAAUAAAGACUCUGCCAUAGUGAAUGGGGUCUACUGGUCAGAAGCCCUGAAUAAGGUGUUUGUGGACAAUUUUGAACGAGAUCCAUCCCUGAUCUGGCAGUACUUUGGCAGUGCAAAGGGCUUCUUCAGGCAAUAUCCAGGUAUAAAAUGGCAUCCAGAUGAACAUGGGGUCAUCGCUUUCGACUGCAGGAACCGCAAAUGGUACAUUCAGGCAGCAACGUCACCAAAAGAUGUGGUCAUCUUGGUGGAUGUUAGUGGAAGCAUGAAAGGAUUGCGUCUAACCAUUGCUCGACAGACUGUCUCUUCCAUUCUGGACACACUCGGAGAUGAUGAUUUUUUCAAUAUAAUAGCAUACAAUGAAGAACUACAUUAUGUGGAACCCUGCCUCAAUGGAACUCUGGUCCAGGCUGACAUCAGCAACAAAGACCAUUUCCGGGAGCAUCUGGACAAGCUGUACGCUAAGGGAAUCGGAAUGCUGGAUGUGGCCCUCACAGAGGCAUUUUCAUUGCUCAGUGAGUUCAACCAGACGGGCCGAGGGAGCGUCUGCAGUCAGGCCAUCAUGCUGAUCACAGAUGGUGCCGUGGACACGUAUGACUCUGUCUUCGCAAAGUACAACUGGCCCGACAGAAAGGUGCGGAUAUUCCCUUACUUGAUAGGAAGAGAGUCUGCCUUUGCCGAUAACCUCAAAUGGAUGGCCUGUGCCAACAAAGGAUAUUUCACCCAAAUCUCCACUCUGGCUGAUGUUCAGGAAAAUGUGAUGGAGUAUCUCCAUGUUCUAAGCCGGCCGAAGGUCAUUGACCAGGAGCAUGACACCAUCUGGACCGAAGCCUACAUUGACAGCACACUCCCUCAGGCCCAGAAGCUUGGGGACAACCAAGGCCCCGUGCUGAUGACCACUGUAGCCAUGCCCGUGUUUAGCACGAAAAAUGAAACGAGGAACAAGGGGAUCCUGCUAGGGGUAGUGGGUACCGAUGUUCCCGUCCAGGAGCUGCUCAAGACCAUCCCCAAGUACAAGCUAGGUAUUCAUGGAUAUGCCUUCGCAAUCACCAACAAUGGGUAUAUACUGACCCACCCGGACCUCCGGCCCAUGUACGAAGAAGGGAAGAAGAGGAGGAAACCAAACUACAGCAGCGUGGAUCUGUCGGAAGUGGAAUGGGAAGACAAGGAUGAUGUGCUUCGCAACGCCAUGGUUAACAGGAAGACCGGCACAUUUUCCAUGGAGGUGAAAAAGACGGUCGAUAAAGGGAAACGAGUCCUGGUGUUGCACAAUGACUACUACUACACCGAUAUCAAGGGAACCCCAUUCAGCCUAGGAGUGGCCCUUUCCAGGGGACACGGCAAGUACUUCUUCAGAGGGAAUGUGACCGUUGAAGAAGGGCUCCAUGACCUGGAACACCCAGAUGUGGCCUUAGCAGAUGAAUGGACGUACUGCAACACAGAUGAGCACCCGGAACACGCGGAUCUGUCUCAGAUCGAAGCCAUUAAACUCUACCUCAGUGGACGGGAUCCACACUUGAAGUGUGAGAAGGAGCUGAUUCAGGAGGUGCUGUUUGACGCCGUGGUGACGGCGCCCCUGGAGGCCUACUGGACCAGUCUGGCGCUGAACAAAUCCGAGAAUUCGGACAAAGGGGUGGAGAUCGCCUUCCUGGGGACUCGGACCGGCCUCUCCAGAAUAAACCUGUUUGUGGUGCCCGAGCAGCUGUCCAAUCAAGACUUCCUGACAGCCGAAGACAAAGAAGGUGUGUUCAACGCGGACCACUUUCCCCUGUGGUACAAGAGAGCUGCAGAGCAGAUCCCAGGAACAUUUGUCUACUCCCUUCCCUUCAGUUCAGGGCCUGAAAAUAAAAGUGUUGUUUUGGCCAGUACCGCCAUCCAACUUCUUGAUGAAAGAAAGUCCCCGAUCGCUGCAGCUGUGGGGAUCCAGAUGAAGCUGGAGUUCUUCCAAAGAAAGUUCUGGACGGCGAGUCGACAGUGCGCGGCCCUCGAUGGCAAGUGCUCCAUAAGCUGCGAUAAUGAGAGUAUCAACUGCUACCUCAUCGACAACAACGGCUUCAUCCUGGUGGCCGAGGAUUACUCUCAGACGGGGAUGUUCUUCGGUGAAGUGGAAGGAGCCGUGAUGAGCAAGCUGCUCGCCAUGGGCUCUUUCAAAAGGGUCACUCUUUACGACUACCAGGCCAUCUGUAAAAUCUAUGCCGAAAGCAGCGACAGCGCUCACAGUUUAUUAGACCCCUAUUUUGCCAUCUUUGCUGCAGUAAAAUGGCUCCUGACCGAACUCGUCAUUUUCUUGGUGGAGUUCAACUUGUACAGCUGGUGGCACUCAGAUCUCGCUGCUACAGCUCAGCGGAGCGGCCGCACCAUGCUGGUGCCGUGCGACACGGAGUACCCGGCCUUCGUCUCCGAACGCACCAUCAAGGAGAACACGGGCAACAUUGACUGCGAGGGAUGCGUCAAGUCAUUUGUCAUCCAGCAGAUCCCCAGCAGCAAUCUGUUCAUGGUAGUGGUGGACAACAAGUGUGACUGCAAGUCUGUAGCACCCAUCACCAUGGAGCCCAUCGAGAUCAUUUAUAACGAAUCUUUGAAGUGUGAGCGUCUCAAAUCUCAGAAAGAUAGGAGACGCCCUGACUCCUGCCAUCCUUUCCAUCCUGAGGAGAAUGCCAUGGAGUGUGGCGGGGUGUUAGGCUUGGAGCCUGGGGUCACUGCCACCCUACUCCCCUUGGUACUGGCCCUGCUGGAGAGGUGACCUGGAUGGGACCCCACUGCGCCCCUCCCUAUCCAACACCGAACCCGCACGGCAUGCUCGACUGGCUCAGAGGACAACGGAAAUUUAUGGACAGAGAUUUGGCUGCGGCAUAAUUGAGUUUCACUUUCGUUGAAAACAUCUGCAUUUCAUGGACAUUCAUGACUUUAAACUGUGGCUGGAGUGAAAAUGCUAUGUUUCUGUAGAGUUUUCAACAAACAACAGAGGAAAAAAAAAGUUUAAUUUAUAAUUUUACAAUCGAUAAUACCAUAAACUGUGACAUGGGGAUAAGAUAAGUUUGCAGACAACAGUGGUUAUUAUUUUGAGCUUUGCCUUACAUGAAAAUAUGGUCUUAUUUGUGUACUGUUAAUACAAUCUCUCUAAAUAAUGGGGUGACAGGGAAUGUUUUGUGUUCAAAACAAUAGCUCAUUUUAUAACUGUUAAGUCUUGAUCUCUGGGAGGCCUGGCUGUUGAAUUUAUAUGACAAAAAGCAGAUGAUCAAAGCUGGGAGCAUUUAAUUUGUACCAAAAGAAUGCAUGAGAAGAAUUAAUGUUAAACUGAAUAUGUUUUAUUUUCAUCUGUAGACCAUUAACAUUUAGAAAAACAACUGCCAUAUUCCCAAGAAAAGAUAUUAUGUGACUGCCUGAACGUGAAAAGAUUACAAUAUAGAGUGUUAUAUCAUUUAUAAGA